AUGCCAAACAAACAAGAUGUGGGCAAAGAGAAUCAGAUAGAAGGUCAAGAAAGGGUAUGGAAAUGGGCAGCACCCAGGCAGCCGGUAGUGGAGGCGUGCAAGGACAGCAUGGGAGUAUGGGAUGCGCCUGCACAGCCAUCAACACAGUGCAUGCAGUCUGCGAUGCAACCCGAGCUGCCUGUGCCACUCUUGAUGCAGCCUAGUACACAGCCCCCAACGCAGUAUGUGCAGCCUCCAAUCCAGCACAUACGGCCUCAGGCUGUUCUUGCGGCCAUGCUGCGAGUACAGUCUGUACCUCUGGCUUGUCAGCCAAUCCAGGCACCAAACCUGAGAGCAGCAACUCACGUGCCUCCACCAACUCCUUGCUGUCCGCCUGCCAGUCCCAACAGUGCUGUGCCUCCACGUGCUGCUGCUGAUCAAGCCCCAAGAUCAAGCCUGUCAUUUGCUAUCACCAACCAGGUUUCAAAGUAUGAAAGCAAACUCAGCUUGCUCAACAAUUGCAUGGCUUGUGUCCAUAACGAGGCCCAUGCAGCUCAAGAGACUGCAAAACAUGCAUUGGAUGAGGUGAAAUGGGUUAGCAAAAUUGCUGAGUGGCUGGAUGGAGAGAACAAAUACCUUCAAGAGUGGCUCACUGAGUAUGUGGUGACCAUGGACAAACACAUUGCAGCAGGAGUGGAAGUGUCUGAUGGGACAUGUGUUUGGGGUAAAAAGAAUGCUUUGCAGAACAAUGUUGAGUGUGGGAAAGAGAUGAUGGAGGGGAAGAAUGUUGGUGAUAUUAAGAAGCAACUUGCCGUUGCAUGGAAAAUUUGGACACAGGGUCAGUGCAGUGGUCAGGAGGGGAAGAAGAAGAGCCCCAAAGCAGAGUGUGAGGAUCGUAGAAAUGGGCAAAAAAUAAAUAAACUUGGUGCUUGCAUCAAUGUCCGCCCCGAGACCCAAUGGAUGCACAAGCACCACAAUUGGUUUUUCACCAAGGGCAUGCAGAGUACGGACAAAAGUGAGGAUGGAGGCAAGAAUUUGGGGAAGAGUCCAGAGGUAACAUUUGAGAGUGAUGGGGGUAUUCUAUCUCAAGCUGUUGAAACUGACUGGCUGUACGCAAACACCAAGAUUAACCAGGCUCAGGUGAACUUUGACAAUGUGGUGCCUUAUGAUGAUGAAGAUGUGGAGCAAGCUUACGGUACACAUGUGGCAGAUGGACUAAGCCAGGCUGAAUUCUGCGUAAUCUUAGCUGAGAACACUGUGCUGGUCUCAGAAAUAAUGCAACCUGUUGAACAGGUAGCAGAGUGUCAGUAUGCUGAUCCAGGCCCAGGCACAAGUGCAUACCACAUGAGCCUUGAUGUGCAGAAACAAGAGCAAGCCCUUUCUGGUCUGGGCGCUGAAUAUGGUGCAGAUGGAAAUCUGUACUAUUACUUUGUCGAUGUGUCAGGUUAA